UUAUGUAAGAACAGUCCUGAAGGAAAAGGUUUAUAUUUUCUAACCUAAGUCACUAUGUAUAGGUUUAAACAUUAAAGAUGCAUUGUAAAAUGGACGAAGAAGAGGAAUCAUGGAGCAAACCUAUUAUGGACAUUAUAAGUGACAAACAGAGUCCCACAAAUAGACUGAAGCUGCAAAACAGAUCACUGGAGAAAGCACUUGCUCAACCUACUCACGAGAGAACCAUUAUUCAUAUUGAUGUGGACUGCUUUUAUGCCCAAGUGGAAAUGAUCAGGAAUCCAUCACUCAGAGAUAAGCCACUGGGAAUUCAGCAGAAGAACAUUUUUCUGUUAGAUGUCAGAAAAACAGAGUUUUUGAACAAGUACACAUCCUAUGUAGAGAGACUAGGAAUGGAUGAGAAUUAUCUAGAUGUGACAGACUUGGUAGACCAGAGAAAAAGAGAAAACAACUUGAAAGUUGCUGGACAUGUGUUUGGAGACAAACAUGAAGAUAAAGAAGAGGACAUUUGUACCUGUGGUUGCUAUGAGCGGAUUUUGACUGGUUCCCACAUUGCUGAGGAGAUUCGUGCAGCUCUCCACAAAGAGAUUGGGUUGACCUGCUGUGCUGGCAUCUCACACAACAAACUGUUGGCUAAACUUGUAGGAGAACAGCACAAACCCAAUCAACAGACCGCAUUGUUUUCCCAUCAAGUUGAAGCUUUUAUGGCCAGUCUUCCAAAGGCAAGGAAUAUACCAGGUAUUGGUUCAGCCACAGCUAAGAAGCUUGCUGAGUUUGGUGUGGUUACCAUGACAGACCUACAGCAGUGCCCUCUAGAGGAUCUGAGGAGGGAGCUGGGAGACAAUAUGGCUGCUACCAUAAAAGAGCUCAGUCAUGGGAUUGAUAACAAUCCUGUAACUCCUUACAGCAAACCCCAGACAUUGAGUGAUGAGGAUUCCUUCAAAAGCUGCUGCACUGUGAAAGAGGCAAAUGAGAAAAUUAAACAAUUGCUCAAAAGUUUAGUAAUAAGGCUAGUAGAAGAUGGGAGAAUUGCAGGAACAGUGAGAUUGACCAUUCGUAGACUGAGUGCUGAAAACAAAUACCUUAACAGGGAAUCGAAACAAUGUAACAUUCCAAGCCAUGUCCUUUCAAAGCUAACAAAAGAGAACCAACAGCAAACCUGUGGUAAAUUAGAAGUCAUUGUUAUGAAUCUAUUUAACAAGCUGGUGGAUGUCAGGAUGCCAUUUCAUUUGACCCUUAUCAAUGUGGCCUUCUGCAAUCUUAUAGAAAGAAACAAAAACUCAAUCAGUCAUUUCUUUUCUCCAAAAAAAGACAAGAGCAGCCAGAAGGCUUUGUACAUUAACAAGGAGUCCUGUAUUACUGAAACAAACAGCAGUAAGAAAACUGUGUGUGGUGAGGAACUGACUUGUACUUCAAGUCAGAUGGACAAGGAGUGCUCUUCCUCUAGAUCUGAGACAAGUGCUGAUUAUAACUUAAAUAAUUCAAGGAAGUUAGAUGUCAGUAACAUGUCCCCUGUAAAAACACCAGCCGUACUCAACACAAUUUCUCUAGAAAGUCAGAGGAACAAAAAUGACAUCAUAUGUCAAUCAUUCACCAAACGGAAAUCCUCCUUGGCUGAGUCGGGCUUUUUCAGCAAGAGGCUUAAAAGAACUCCCUCUGAGUCUUCUCAGUGUUUAAGUCCAAAUCAGUUGGAUUCUAAGUCUUCUCAGUCUACAGAUCCGAAUCAACUGGAUUCUAAGUCUUCUCAGUGUGUAAGUCCAGAACACAUGGAUUCUAUUGAUGGGGAAGUGUUUUCGCUUCUUCCUCCAGACAUCCAAAAAGAAAUAAUGGAAGCCAGGUCUAAAUUUCCACCCAGUACUAAUAUUUCUGUUAAUGGUGAAAUGGAAAGUGUAUCAAUUGAAAGUGAUCAUAGGCAUGACAACCCCUGUGAGACAAAGACAAAGAGUUUACAUUUAAAGUCAUGCACAGUUCAGCUAGGUGGAAGUAACGACCCAGAUUUUAAGUCUAAUGCUUCAGUGCCUCAGACUGCUGAAACUUCAUUUGUCCCGACAGGGUAUGACAGAGAUGUCUUCUUAAGCUUACCAACAGACAUUCAGGAGGAAUUGGUUAAAGAGGAAGAAAGCAAAGCUGAAUGGGCUCGUGUAAAACAAGUCAAAAAUAAGAAUCAACAAACCAAAAAUGUGAAGACUGCUCAAUCAAAUAGUCUUCUAAGUUACUUUAAAAGAAGUAAAUAAAAUGUUUGGAAGAGUGCAAUUUCAAAA